AUGAGGGGGGCGGCGGCGGCGGCGGCGGAUGAGGAGCAGUUCCCAUCGACGCCGGGGAAGGUGAAAAUCGAGAGGGCUUACAGCAUGAGCCGGCAGCUAAACCGGUGCUUCACGUCGAGCACCGUCUUCACGUGGGUGCUCUUCGUGAUGGCGCUCAUCGCCUCCUACCUCAGCUUCCAGUCCAUCCUCGACACCAGCUCCCGCUACCUCGCCGCUUCCUGGGGCGGCAUACAGUGGGAAGCUCAGGUCCGGCGGUCUGCGCAGAUCCGCCGUACCGGCGGCGCCGCCGUCCUCGUCACUGGGGCGGCGGGAUUCGUCGGCUCCCACGUCUCCCUCGCCCUCAACAAGCGCGGCGAUGGCGUCGUCGGACUCGACAACUUCAACGCCUACUACGACCCUUCGCUGAAGCGGGCACGGGCGGCGCUGCUCGCCCAGCGCGGCGUCUUCGUCGUCGCCGGCGACGUUAACGACGAUCGGCUUCUGGGGAAGCUUUUCGACGUGGUCCCCUUCACCCACGUAAUGCACCUCGCCGCCCAAGCCGGCGUCCGCUACGCCAUGGAGAACCCGUCCUCUUACGUGCAAAGCAACGUUGCCGGACUGGUGGCGAUGCUGGAGGCGUGCAAGUCCGCCAAUCCUCAGCCGGCGGUGGUCUGGGCUUCAUCCAGCUCCGUCUAUGGCCUCAACGAGAAGGUGCCCUUCUCGGAGACGGACCAGACGGACCGCCCCGCGAGCCUCUACGCCGCCACUAAGAAGGCCGGCGAGGAGAUCGCCCACAGCUACAACCACAUCUACGGGCUCUCCAUCACCGGGCUGCGCUUCUUCACCGUCUACGGCCCCUGGGGGCGACCCGACAUGGCCUACUUCUCCUUCACCCGCAGCAUCUUGCAGGGGAAGCCCAUCACCGUCUACCGGGGAAAGGACCGGCCGGAGCUCGCCAGAGACUUCACCUUCAUCGACGAUAUCGUGAGGGGCUGCCUGGCGGCACUGGACACCGCCGGCGAGAGCACCGGCAGUGGCGGCAGGAAGCGCGGGGCGGCGCCGUACCGGAUCUACAACCUGGGCAACACCCGGCCGGUGACUGUGCCGGCGCUGGUGGAAAUUCUGGAGCGGCAUCUGGGGAGGAAGGCAAAGAAGAACAUCGUGGAGAUGCCCGGCAAUGGCGACGUCCCCUUCACCCACGCCAACAUCAGCUCUGCGCAGCUGGACUUCGGCUACAAGCCCUCCACGGACCUGGAGACUGGCCUGUGGAAGUUCGUCAGGUGGUACCUCUCCUACUACGGCUACCAGCGGGGGGGGUAUAUACCCUAA